AUGGCCGAUAUCUCCUGGUUGACGGUGCUUGGCUUCCUCUUCCUGACGUUCAACUCCGGCAUGGCCGUGUACCGCUCCAACGGCGACACUGGCUCAAUCAUCUUCGUCGUGGUCUCUUACGUCGACCUCGUCGCGCUCUUCGGCUUCCUGCGGUACUUCGAGCGCCUCGACCGCCACUCCCCUAAGCGCGAGAAGGUCAAGGCUGCGGUCUGGAGCCUCACCACGCUCCUCACCGUCAUGUUUAGCUACAAGGUCGCCGAAAUCAUGCCCCUCGCCGUCAAGGUCGUCGUCUGGGCCAUGGCCACCGCUACCUCCUGCGGCGGGUUCUACGCUUUCUUCGUGCACGAGGAGAAGCAGCCGGCUCUGCCGGCGGCGGCGGUUCACCUUUUGGCUGUCACACCGGCUGUUUUAGCUUGCCGUGGUUCUGCUAGAUCUGGAGUUCAGCAAGGCAAGAUCUGCUUCUGCUGCCGCCCAAGACACAGGAGAUCCCUCUGGUUUGCUUAUUGGAUUUGGAGGAGGAAUUUCCGGCCUUAUUAUCCGGUUCAGAGCCCCGGGCGACAAGCAGCAAGAGUGAUGGCCGAUAUCUCCUGGUUGACGGUGCUUGGCUUCCUCUUCCUGACGUUCAACUCCGGCAUGGCCGUGUACCGCUCCAACGGCGACACUGGCUCAAUCAUCUUCGUCGUGGUCUCUUACGUCGACCUCGUCGCGCUCUUCGGCUUCCUGCGGUACUACGAGCGCCUCGACCACCACUCCCCUAAGCGCGAGAAGGUCAAGGCUGCGGUCUGGAGCCUCACCACGCUCCUCACCGUCAUGUUUAGCUACAAGGUCGCCGAAAUCAUGCCCCUCGCCGUCAAGGUCGUCGUCUGGGCCAUGGCCACCGCUACCUCCUGCGGCGGGUUCUACGCUUUCUUCGUGCACGAGGAGAAGCAGCCGGCUCUGCCGGCGGCGGCGGGUGAGGGCGUCGCCAACUAA